AUGUGCCAGGUUACGAACGCAAAGUCCUCCGACCACUGCGGCUGCAGCUGGUUCGACCCCGACUCGAGCUCCCUCGAGCGCUGCGCCUGGGCCGCGGCCAAGCAGAUGGACUGCCCCGACUUCCAGUGGCAAGUUUCUUCAACAUGGAAAGUCGACGGCCCUUGUAGCUCCUGUAGCAAGGGUCCCGCCAAAGAGAAGCGCGGGGGCGUCUUUAAGAAUCUGCUGAAGCUCUCCGGGGCCCGGAAAUGAUGGAGGCCAAGUGCGAUUUUGUUGCGCGUCCGCAACGGACGAAAUAGGUAACCAGGCCUUUGGAUAAGGUUAUUCGGCCACAUACGUAAGUAUAAUAUCCAAAAAAAAAAAAAAAUGCA